UUUACCUCUUACUCUCUCACUCUUUUUACCUUUUUGUCACACUCAUCACAAUGGAUACCAGCUACGAUGUUAUUGUUCUCGGCACUGGAUUGACCGAAUGUAUUCUCUCUGGAAUCCUCUCUGCUGAGGGUAAGAACGUGCUUCAUAUGGACCGCAACGACUAUUACGGUGGUGAAUCGGCCUCCCUCAACUUGACUCAGCUCUAUCGCAAGUACCGCCCUGGUGUUGAAGUCCCAGCAGACCUCGGUCGCGACCGUGACUACAACAUUGACUUGAUUCCCAAGUUUAUGAUGGCAAACGGUGAAAUUGUUCGCUUCCUGACCCACACCGAUGUUACCCGUUAUUUGGAGUUUAAGCAGAUUGCUGGUUCCUAUGUAUCUCACGAAGGCAAAAUCUCCAAGGUUCCUGCUACAGAGGGUGAGGCCAUCUCCUCCUCAUUGAUGGGUCUUGUCGAGAAGCGUCGUCUUCAGAAGUUCUUUGAGUUCGUUCAGAACUGGAAGGAGGAUGACGACUCUACCCACCAGGGAUUGAACCUCGAGAAGGAUACAAUGGUUACUGUGUACGAGAAGUUCAGCCUCGAUCCUGCCUCCCAGGAUCUCUUGGGUCAUGCCAUGGCUCUCCACCUUGACGACGAAUAUCUUACCAAGCCUGCCCGUGAGACCAUUGAUAAGAUCGUGCUCUAUGUUGCCUCUGUUACCCGUUACGGUAAGAGCCCCUACAUCUACCCUCUUCACGGUCUUGGUGAGCUUCCCCAGUCAUUUGCUCGCUUGAGUGCUAUCUAUGGUGGUACCUAUAUGCUUGACCGCGCUGUAGAUGAGAUUUUGUACGAGAAUGGUGUAGCUGUGGGUGUCCGUUCAGGCGAAGAGACUGCUAGAGCAACCCAGAUCAUCUGUGACCCUUCAUAUGCUCCCACCAAGGCCCACACCACAGGAAAGGUUGUCCGUGCUAUCUGCUUCCUCAAGCACCCCGUCCCAAAUACAAGCGAUGCUGAUUCCGCUCAGAUUGUGAUCCCCCAGAACCAGUUGGGUCGCAACCAUGACGUAUAUGUUGCCUGUGUAUCAAGCAACCAUAAUGUCUGCCCCAAGGAUACCUAUCUUGCUAUUGUCUCUACUGUUGUUGAGACAGAUGAGCCCGAGAAGGAGAUUGAAGCCGGUUUGGCACUCCUUGGUCCCAUCCAUGACAAGUUCGUGUCUGUAUUGGACAUCCAAGAGCCCAUCCAGGAUGGUACUGCCGACAAGGUCUUUGUAUCUAAAUCAUAUGAUGCUACUUCUCACUUUGAGACUGUGUGUGAUGAUGUUAAGAGCAUCUAUCGUCGUCUCACUGGCUCUGAGCUCGUAUUGAAGCAGAGACCAACCCAAGAACAGGAGCAAGCUGACUCUACUGCUUAAUUGAAUUCCCCGCCCGCAAUAUCCUCUUUACCCUAAAUCAUCCCACUCUAUCUCACUUCUUCGCAUCCUAAUUGCCCCAAGCUUUAACUUUAUUUUCCUUUGAACUUACCAACCACCAAGUUUUAUUGUGAACACACCUCAUGAAUAAAAAAAACAAUCAUAAGCAUAAAUCCUACAAUUUUGGUCUACACUAGUAUCUAUGAGCAUAUGUAAAUGUGCAAAUGUGCACGUUUUAUAGCGUGUAGCUUUAUAUUACCUGAAAAAAAAACACGUCAAAUAAAUUGUGGUACAG